AUGACGCUCUUCACCACCAAACCCCCAGCAACACGAACCGCCUACGCAAUCCCCCAACUCGAGGGCGAGCGUAUCACCAUCCCAGGAAGUAAAGGCACAUUCCGGAUCCUGGCGUCCUCAAAGCAAACCAAUGGCCUCAUGGCCGUUUUCCAGAGCGGCGCUGUCCUCUCCGACGCCCCCGGGUUCCACUACCACAACCAUGCGCACGACGUGUUCCUUGUCACGAAGGGGUUCCUGAAGCUCUGGAACGGCGAUAAGUGUCGUUUGAUGGGACCGGGGGAUUUUGCUUAUGUUCCGCCGGGCAUAAUACACAACCCCGAAAUGCUCGGCCCACACACGGAAAUCUUCGGGCUGAUUACACCAGGCGACUGGGUCGAUUUCUUCCGCUACAUCUCAGAGCCGUACGAAGGGAUUCUGGUUCCCGAGUCCGAUAACCGCGAUCUAAAGUCUCUUCUAAUCCCCAAGGUCAUGGCCGCGAAGGGGAAGUUUGAUGUUGUUUUCCAGCCUGAGUAUGCCCCGCCGGAGCUGGGCGAGUGGGAUGAGGAUGACGAGAGGCUGCCGAGUGGUGGUGAUGGAAACGGACCGGUGCCGUUCUUCCUCAAGGCGAAUACGGGCCCGCGCUGGAUUCUCGGGGGCGUGCUUUCGAGGCCGUUUGUGACGACGGCGCAGAGCGGGGGUGUUUGUGCGAUUUCGAGUAUUGAAUCCUCGGAUGUAUACGGUGCGGAUGCUAGCCUAGCGGUGUUAUCCCGGUUUAUGACGUUCCGGACUGUGGAUCAUUGUUUGGCUGUACUGGAGGGGACGUUGAUUGUGCGGUUGAGAGAGGGAAGCGCUGUCAAGGAGGAGGUAUUCCGCGAGGGUGAGACGGUGGUUAUCCCCGCUGGACAGGCGUUUGCGCUGGAGUUCCGUAGUAAGUAUGUGCGGGUUUGGUCGUUUACGGAUGGGGAUGGCAUUGAGGCGUUGGUGCAGCGAGCUGGGAGGGAGAUUGAAGGUGUGUUAUUGCCAGAAAGGGAGGAGGUUCAGGAUGCAGAUGAGGAAGUUGUCAGGACAGCAGCGAGAGAAUUGUCUGUUGAUGUUGAUUGA